CGCCGAGAGAAAAGUUGUGGCCUCAGCUGGAGGCGGACAUUCAGGCACCGGACACGCACAGCCCGCUACCAUCCUCGACAUCUCCGACCGACCGGCCGGCAGGAUGCGGGACCGCACCAAGGAACUGCGGCAGGGUGUAGAGAGCUCGGAGGAUGAGGGUGCUCGCCUGGUGAUGAAUCUGAACAAUGACGAUGCCAAUCAGGAAUUUUUUCAUCAGGUGAAGGAGGUCCGACAGGGGAUCUCCCAGCUCCAGGAAUUGGUCAAUCAGCUCGAUACCACCCAGCGCUGCAUUCUAAGCAGUCCGGUGCCUGGUGAGGGUGAGAAGAGUCACCUGCAGAAGUUACGAGAUGAUGUGAAGACCGUGGCGUCCAGUGUCCGUGGAAAGCUCAAGCAGCUGGAGGUGAAGAACUCGCUGGGAAAUGAGGACCCGCUUUCUGUCACCGCAAGGAUGCGCCGCACACAGCACGAUGCUCUGACGCGGGAAUUUGUUGAGGUUAUGAAUCAGUGUCACAAUCUCCAGUCCCAGUACCGUGACCGUAACGUCGAGCGGAUUCAGCGACAAUUGAAGAUUACUGGGAUGCAGCUGACAGAGGAGGAGGUGGAGGCCAUGCUUGAGAGUGGGAAACAGGAUAUCUUCACGGCCAAUAUAAUUCAGGAUACCCAGGUAACCAAGCAGGCCAUGAGUGAAAUUGAGAGCCGCCACACGGAGAUCCUGAGGCUGGAGAAGAGUAUCUGUGAAUUGCACGACAUGUUCAUGUACCUGGCCUUGGAGGUGGAGGCUCAGGGGGAGAUGAUCAACAACAUCGAGAACACUGUGAGCACCACUGUCAACUACGUGGAGAAAGCUGCCGAUAACACGGCCUCUGCAGCCACCUCUCGCCGGAAGGCCCUCAAGAAGAAGAUGUGCCUCAUUGUCUGUGUCGUGUUCCUGGUGUUGGUCGUGAUCGCCAUUAUCGUCUCGGUGGCCCUCACCUCCUAACCAGGGGACUGGAGCCCCCAACCCCGCGCCCUUUGCUGCCUCCGACUGCAGGUCAGGAGAGGAGCUUUGGUAUCAAACUGCCACAGAAUCGAGGCCUGGCGAACUUGGUGUCGUCCGCUGCGUUCCUCAACAGCCUCCUCUCCCUUCCUCUCCCUCAUCCCCACCCACCUCCCUGCUCUCUUCCAAUCCCUCUGUCUCCCUGUAUGCUGCCCCCUACUUGUCUCUCCCUGACACGACAGCUUUCUCUCCAUCUCUCUGCUCUUCUUACCCCACUGCCUGCUCCAAUUCUCCCUCCACCUCCCUCCCCAUUCU